AAGCCAUGGAGGACGAGAGGAGCGAUGCCGGAGUACAUGGCGACGCCGGAGACGACAAACCUCCGGUGAUCACCGUCCGCGUGAAGUUCCAUGGAAGGACGAUCCCAGUCUCCAUCUCGCUUGAAUCCACCGUCCGGGACCUCAAAUCUUCACUGCAGCCCCUGACCAAUGUCCUCCCUCGUGGGCAAAAGCUCAUCUUCGAAGGUAAAAUUCUCAAUGAUGCGUCAAGCUUACAGUCAUCUAAAGUCACAGAAGGGUCCAAAAUGAUGAUGAUAGCAUCUCAGGGCUUACAUCAAGGGGAUGGCCCUAUUACCAAUGAUCCCUUCUUCUAAAUCAUCAACUUAAGUAAUAAUGUGCGCCUCCUUAAAAGCAAGGCAGAAGUUCAGAAGAACAAUUUUGGUUCAGCUCGUGAGAUGAAAACUACACUGACUAAAAAUCAAUCAGAUCAUUGGAGAAUAACUGGUGUUGUCGCUUUGUCAGAGUGCCAGUUGAAGGUUCUACCGGAAGAAGUAUGGAAUUGUGGAGAUAAAAUAAGAGUACUGGACGCCAGCAAUAAUUUUAUUCAAGAAGCACCAGCUAAAAUUGGUUUACUGAAAUCAUUAUAUAAACUCAUCCUAAAUGCAAAUGAAAUUUCGGAUAAGGGAACUAGUUGGGAAGGCCUGUCAUCGCUUAAGUCUUUAAUGUUUCUUUCUCUAAACCAAAAUUACCUUACAACUUUGCCCUCUGCAUUGGGAUCCUUGACAUCGCUUCAACAGCUUCAUCUGGCUAAUAACAAGCUGGCAAACUUGCCUCCUGAAUUAGGAUUAUUGAAUCAACUCGAAAUUCUGAAUGUUCGGAACAAUAGGAUAAGCUCAGUCCCAUCUUCUAUUGGAAAUUGUUCUUCUCUUAUUGAGAUUGACUUGUCGUCAAAUCUCUUGGUUGAGUUGCCAGAGACUGUUGGAAACCUGACAAAUUUGAAGGCCUUGCAUCUUAGUAACAACGGACUUAAAUCUCUGCCGCCUUUGAUGUUUAAGAUGUGCACUCAGUUGUCCACUCUAGAUCUUCAUGGCACAGAAGUCACAAAUGAUGUCCUUCGGCAGGUUGAAGGAUGGGAAGCUUUUGAUGAGCGGCGUCGAGCCAAGCAUCAGAAGCAACUUGAUUUUCGUGUUGGGUCGUCCGGGUCGUUUGAUGAGGGUGCUGAUGAUGAGAGGAAUUGAUCCAUCUUUUAAGGUAUACCGUGUGAAAAAAUUUGUGUAGUCAGUAACUGUUGUGGUGGCGGAAGUAAAAAUUCUUGGGAGGAUAAUACCUAAAGACUACAUCUUGUGCCCUCUGGAGAUGGUGAUAUCUCCGUAAGCCUCAAUCUGCUCAACCUUGAUAAAGUCUAGUGUGGCUAGCACUGCAACGACCAACAUAAUACUCUGCUACUUAAAAGCGAAAAAUUAUGUCACAUGCAUUCAGAACAAUUUUCUUUCAGAAGUUGAUUUCCAGGUUUUAAAUUAAUUAUAAAACA